UAUCGAAGCGUCCCAAGCAAAACAAACGCCUGGAAAAUACAAAUAAACGGCGCCGCUCCAUUUUAAAAGAAUAAACAAUAAGCCAGCCAUGACCGACAUGAGCGAUGUGGACCCAUCCGACUAUCACAGGCGGCUCAAGCAAAUCUUCAACAACGAAAUUCGACUGCAAAACCGAGAGGCGAACAUCAGCAAGCGAAGCUCCAGAUUCCACAGCAAUCUCCUCGGCGCCAAGGAGGCCAUCGAACGGCAGCAUCGGGACUUUGGCAAGCUGCGAAAAACGUUGAUGGAGCGCGGCCAGGAACUGGACCGGCGCUACGCCUUGGGCGAGUCAUUGAGUCGGCAGCUGGAGGCGACGCGGCAGCACAAUGCGGACAUGCAGGCGCAGCUCUUGCGACACAAGACAGAGGCCAAGCAGCGCAGCAACGAGCUAAUGGAAUGCACGCACACGCUCAAGCAGGCAACGGGCACGUACAUCAACCACAAGGAACUGCCUGCGCGUCUUAAAGGGAUUACAGUGAUGCGGUCCGCAGAUGGCGACGCCAAGUGGAUACCCUUUGACCUGGAUGGCAACGACACCAACGGCCUGCACACGCUGUGGCGGUGUCUGCACACGCGCAGUGACAAUGCCAGCAAGUGGCGGCAGCUCCUAUCGGAUCAGGAAGUGCCCGCUCCAGUUACCCCAUGCGCUAAUGACAGAACGAUAGCAAAGGCGACGUCGAGGUGCAAUAAUGUUGUGCCGACAUCUAUAAUUGAGAUUGAUCUCACCUCGCCGACGAAUGGCGACUCAUGAUAUGCCGCUGCUGCUGCUGCUGAUACUCCACAGUGACAGUAUGCCUCCCCGCUGCUGCUCCACAGUGACAGUGUUCCCCCGCUUAUCAUUAAAUUUUAAUUAAUAAUAA